CUUACAAUCAAAGUAUCUUCUCAAGUAUCCAUAAAUUGCUUUCUGUUAGAUGCAAAUGGAGAGCCCAAAAUCACCUCUUCAACCCCCAACUUAUGGAAACUUAGUCACAAUCCUUAGCAUAGAUGGUGGUGGCAUUAGAGGGAUUAUUCCUGCCACUAUCCUUGCUUUUUUGGAAUCGGAACUUCAGAAACUGGACGGAAACGAAGCAAGGCUUGCAGACUACUUUGAUGUUGUGGCAGGAACAAGCACCGGUGGUCUGGUUACAGCCAUGCUAACUGCUCCUAAUAAGGAAGGCCGACCCUUGUUUGCAGCCUCUGAGAUUAAAGAAUUUUACCUUGAGCACUGCCCAAAAAUCUUUCCUCAAAAUCAUUUCCCGUUCUCUGCUACCAAGAACUUGGUGAAGUCCUUGACUGGUCCCAAGUAUGAUGGUGAAUACCUUCAUCAACUUAUCCAUGCCAAGUUGGGUGAUACAAGGUUGCAUCAAACACUUACUAACGUUGUCAUUCCAACUUUCGAUAUCAAGCAUCUUCAACCUACUAUAUUUAGUAGUUACGAGGUGAAGAAAAAUCCUCUCAAGAACGCAACCCUCGCUGACAUAACAAUCUCAACUUCAGCAGCCCCUACAUACUUGCCUGCCCAUUUCUUCAAAACUCAUGAUUCAGCCGGAAACGUGAAAGAAUACAAUCUUAUUGACGGGGGAGUUGCAGCUAACAAUCCGGCUCUGGUGGCCAUUGGGGAGGUGACAAAAGAGAUAACAAGAGGGAGCAGUGAUUUUUUCCCUAUAAGACCAAAUGAUUACGGAAGGUUUCUUGUGCUUUCUCUUGGAACUGGAACUCGUAAAUCAGAAGAGAAAUUCAAUGCAAAUGAAGUAGCUGGAUGGGGAAUGUUGAGUUGGUUAACACACGACAACUCUACUCCUCUCAUUGAUGCUUUCAUGCAAGCGAGUUCCGAUAUGGUUGAUUUUCAUCUCUCUGCCGUUUUUCGAGCUCUUCACUCUGAAGCCAACUAUAUUCGAAUCCAGGAUGAUACAUUAAAUGGGGAUGCUGCUUCUGUUGAUAUUUCUACCGUUGAGAAUCUCGACAUUCUCGCCAAGACAGGAGAUGAACUUCUCAAGAAACCUGUUUCAAGAGUCAAUCUUGAGUCGGGAUGUAACGAAAAUGCUUAUGAAGUGACCAAUGAAAAGGCCCUUAUAAAGUUAGCAGGAAUACUAUCAAAAGAAAAGAUGAUCCGAGAAUCGCGAUCUCCUCAUAAAAAUGCGCCAAAUAGCAAAUAAAAGAUCAUUAGUUUAUCCUUUCUCUAGUUUUUGUUGUUAAUGUUUAUUUUUCUUAUCUGUUAUUGAUGACUUGUUUGGUUCACUAACGCAAGUUUAGUUUUAUAAUAAUAAAUGAUUGCCGCUCAUUGUAGUUACUUGUAUGAUUGUAUCUUCUAUCAUUUGAAUAAAGUCAAUAAAAAUACUAAAAUUUGGUCUUCGUCCAACA